AUGGAAAUGUUCGAAAACAAUAAAUUUGUUCUUCAUCGAAUAAAAUUUUUUAUUCUCAUCAUAUUACAAAUCUCAGCAAUUGUAAUUAGUCUAUUGAUUUUUGCGUUUUUUAUUACACAUCGUGCAAUAUUAAAUAUUCUUCAAAAUCAAGCUUUACUAGCCUUAAUUAUCGUUAAUUUUGUUGAAUUAGUAGCAGAUUUGCCAAUGCCAAUAAGUUUCUAUUAUCUCGGAUAUGUUAAACCAGCAACAAAUGGUUACUGUAUUUGGUGGACAUUCUUCGAGUAUAAUCUUCAUUUAAUAAGUGAACUUCUUGUGGCUACAAUUUCCAUUCAACGACAUAUACUUAUAUUUCAAGCAAAUAUAUUUCACAAUCGUUUCAAACGUUUUAUGUUUUAUUAUAUUCCUCUAGUACUUUGUUUUAUUUAUCCAAUUAUUCUCUACAUCAUUAUUAUUAUAUUAUAUCCAUGUGAUGGUACUCAAUGGGAUUAUACAUCAAAUCUGUGUGGCUAUGCCAACUGUUAUCUUAUCUACAAUAAAGUAUUAGGUACGUUUGAUUGGGCAGCAAACAAUGGUUCACCAGUUGUUAUUAUUAUGUUGGCUAAUAUGACACUAGUCAUACGUGUUAUUAGACAUAAACGUCGUCAACGACAGGCAAAUUCUUGGAAAAAACAACGACGUAUGACAAUACAAUUACUUACUAUCUCAAGUCUUUAUUUAUUUGCAUGGUUACCUAGUCUUAUCAUAGGAGUCACUCAACAAUUGAAUUCUCCAAGUUUUUUGGCUAAUAUUCAAACAGAUUAUACACUUGAUUUUAUAUAUCUUAUUGCUCUCUUGUCACCUUGGAUCUAUCUCAAACUGUUGCCAGAAUUAAUGAAAUGGCUUGGGAAUCUUUUACAUCGUGGACAAAUAGUACACAAUGUUGUUAGACCUAUAUAA